UAAGAAAGAAGCAACAACACAAUCAGCAGUCAUUUAUUCGUUUGAAACACCUGGAAGCAGAAUGCAGUUGCAGGUUAUCACGGCACUUGCCGCCUUGCUGUUGUGCGUGGCCUCCACUUCUGGUACAGCCAGAAGGAUGUAUGGAGUGCGCUACAUUCACCAUCCGUACCAGCCUGACCCCCGCGGCAAUGUUGAUGACGACCUUGGAGACUCGGAGAUGCUGCCGAAGGUGUCGAUGGAGUGCAGUUACAAAACCAUGCCGGACGACCCGACCAAUUACUACUGCUGCUCGGUGGAUAAACAUAUGGAAGUCCCGGCGAUGCGCACGUCGGGCGACGAGGAGUUGCGGUGCAGCGCGAGGAGUUUCCCGCAAGAGGAGCAGGAGUACUUCUGCUGCCACGUGUCGGACCAGGUACCCGAGUCCCGCGGCAAGCAGUGGAAGCCACCCCGCACCCCGCACGUCAUGCCACCACCCCUCUUGACGCUGACGACCGAGGCCCCGAGAACCCGGCAUCUCUACCCCGGGCUACGAGCGACGUUACUAGCAGCGGCGCGCUCCAACAACUGAACAACUGGGUACAGACUGCAAACACCCGGUCGAAACCUCGCAUCACCGUCAUCACCUUGCGACAACCAACACGCAACUCACCAAGUUUUGUUCCUUCCAAACCGAUACAUGUUUUUACAACAGGGUUUUUUUUCCUUCAAAUAUUUUAUUUUAGUACUGCUUGGUGAUGCACACUUUCGCUAACACACCAAAAUUGUGGCUCUGAUGUAUGUUAUGUAAUACACGUGUUUGCUUGACAAUUAAAUAAAUGAAAUAAU